GCAAUGGAAGGGGCCAGCGGGUCGAGUUUUGGAAUAGACACGAUUUUGUCCGGUGCCGGUUCCAGCAGCCCCGGCAUGAUGAACGGAGAUUUCCGCCCUCUUGGAGAAGCUAGGACCACGGAUUUUAGGAGCCAGGCCACCCCGUCACCCUGUUCGGAGAUUGAUACCGUGGGAACGGCGCCCUCUUCUCCGAUCUCGGUCACCUUGGAGCCCCCGGAGCCGCACCUCGUGACAGACGGGCCCCAGCUUCACCAUCACCUCCACCACGGCCAGCAGCCGCCGCCGCCGCCGCCAGCCGCGGCUCCCGCGCAAAGUUUGCAGGCUUCGCCCCAACAGCAGCCGCCGCCGCCGCAGCCACAGUCCGCGGCCCAGCAGCUCGGCUCGGCCGCCUCGGCCCCCAGGACUUCCACCUCUUCUUUUUUAAUUAAGGACAUCUUGGGGGACAGCAAACCUCUGGCGGCUUGUGCGCCCUACAGCACCAGCGUGUCUCCUCAUCACACGCCGAAGCAGGAGAGCAACGCCGCGCACGAGAGCUUCAGGCCAAAGCUGGAGCAGGAGGACCCCAAAACCAAGCUGGACAAGAGGGAAGACUCCCAGAGCGACAUCAAAUGCCACGGAACAAAGGAAGAAGGAGACCGGGAGAUUACGAGUAGCCGAGAGAGUCCCCCUGUGAGAGCCAAGAAACCGCGAAAAGCCAGGACAGCUUUCUCGGACCAUCAGCUCAAUCAGCUGGAGCGUAGCUUCGAGAGGCAGAAGUACCUGAGUGUCCAGGACCGCAUGGACCUGGCAGCCGCGCUCAACCUCACCGACACACAAGUCAAGACUUGGUACCAGAACCGCAGAACCAAGUGGAAGCGGCAGACGGCGGUGGGCCUGGAGCUGCUGGCCGAGGCCGGGAACUACUCCGCUCUGCAGAGGAUGUUUCCGUCGCCCUAUUUCUACCACCCGAGCCUGCUGGGCAGCAUGGACAGCACCACGGCGGCCGCGGCGGCCGCGGCCAUGUACAGCAGCAUGUACCGGACUCCGCCGGCGCCCCACCCGCAGCUGCAGCGGCCGCUGGUGCCCCGCGUGCUCAUCCACGGCCUCGGGCCCGGGGGACAGCCGGCCCUCAACCCUCUGUCCAACCCCAUCCCAGGCACCCCGCACCCCCGGUGA